AUGGCGUUCCCACCUGACAGUGCACCCUUCUCUAUUGGGGUUGGACCUCCUCCUCCUCCUCCGUACGACCCAUCUCCCAUGUUGGCUCCUCCUCCUGCUGCGCUCCUGCCUGAACUUGCAUAUCUCGCACAAAUCGACCGAAUCCUCAUCCAACAGAAAGUCAACUAUGCAGAGAUGGUGACAAACUGGGAGAUGAGUAAAGACUACAUCCUUAAAAACAGCAUGGGACAACAGGUUUUCACUGCCAGAGAAAGUGGUGCGAACUUCUUAGCCGCGCAAUUCUUCGGCCUGCUUCGCCCGUUCGACAUACACAUCGUAGACAAUUUCGGGCGCGAGAUUUUGACCGUAAUACGCCCAGUUAAAUGUGGCUCGUGCUGUUUUCCAUGUUGCCUGCAAGAAGUGGAGAUCCAAAGUCCACCAGGGGUCCCCAUUGGCUACAUCGAGCAAAACUGGCAUCCGUUUUGGCCUAAAUUUACGGUUACGGACGCAAACCGCAGCGCGCAGUUGAAAAUAAAGGGCCCGUGUUGUGAUUGUACGUGUUGUUCGGAUGUGAAUUUUGAUGUUUUGUCGCUGGAUGAGGACACGGUCGUGGGGCAGAUAACCAAACAGUGGGCAGGCUUCUUACAAGAGGGGUUCACAGACGCCGAUAAUUUUGGCGUCUCGUUUCCGAUGGAUUUGGACGACAGAGGAGACAGCGGCAGCCGGGAAAACAAGAAGUGGGAUGGCGGUCGGGAAACACGAAGGGCUCGGAACGAAGUGUGGAAAUGUCUGUUGAUUGAUCAAGGAGAGCUACAGGGCCACAACCGGUGGCUGAGCAGGUGUCCGGGGAGACGGCCUGGCUGGACAGUGGAGGGAAGAGGAGCGCGUAAUGCCUCCGAGGACUGGAAGCGGCUGAACCCCGGGGCCCGCUGCCUCUAUCACCGCGUGAGAGGCAUCUUAAGUUUGUGGACCCAGCGACUUCACCAGAAGCUGGGAGGAGCAGGACCCGGGUGA